AUGCUUCGACACACACUCGCUCGCACCGCCUUACGGACGGGCAGACGGGGAGCCGUUGCCUCGCGGGUUUUCUCGACCACCACUCAGCGCCAGGCCGAGGUUGAGCUUACCAUUGAUGGCAAGAAGGUUUCAAUUGAAGCUGGCUCUGCUCUUAUUCAGGCCUGCGAAAAGGCCGGAGCUACCGUCCCUAGAUACUGCUAUCACGAGAAGUUGAUGAUUGCCGGUAACUGCAGAAUGUGCUUGGUCGAAGUCGAAAAGGCCCCUAAGCCUGUUGCCUCGUGCGCUUGGCCCGUUCAGCCCGGCAUGGUUGUCAAGACAAACUCUCCCCUCGCCCACAAGGCCCGUGAGGGAGUAAUGGAAUUCCUCUUGGCCAACCACCCCCUCGACUGCCCUAUUUGCGACCAGGGUGGUGAGUGUGAUCUUCAGGACCAGUCUAUGCGCUACGGUGCCGACCGCGGCCGAUUCCACGAGAUUGGCGGCAAGCGUGCCGUCGAGGACAAGAACAUUGGCCCCUUGAUCAAGACCUCCAUGAACCGAUGCAUCCACUGCACCCGUUGCGUCCGUUUCGCCAACGACAUUGCUGGCGCUCCUGAGAUGGGUUCUUUCGGCCGUGGAAAUGAUAUCCAGAUCGGUACUUACCUUGAGAAGAACCUCGAUUCCGAAAUGUCGGGCAACAUCAUCGACCUCUGCCCCGUCGGUGCCCUCACCUCCAAGCCCUACGCCUUCCGUGCCCGUCCUUGGGAGCUGAAGCACACCGAGUCUAUUGAUGUUUUGGAUGCCCUUGGCUCCAAUAUUCGCGUCGAUUCCCGCGGUGUCGAAGUUAUGCGCAUCCAGCCCCGCCUCAACGACGACGUCAACGAGGAGUGGAUCAACGACAAGAGCAGAUUCGCUUGCGACGGUCUUAAGACCCAGCGUCUGACCAUGCCCCUCGUCCGCCGUGACGGCAAGUUCGAGCCUGCCGACUGGGAGGAGGCCCUCACUGAGGUUUCUCGCGCCUUUGAGCAGAAGAAGCCCCAGGGCAACGAGUUCAAGGUCAUUGCCGGUGCUCUUAUGGACAUUGAGGCUAUGACUGUUGCCAAGGACAUGGCUAACAAGCUUGGCUCCGAUAACCUUGCCAUUGACACCCCUACUGGCAGCCAGCCUCUUGCCCACGGUAUUGAUGUCCGCUCCAACUACCUCUUCAACUCCAAGAUCUGGGGUAUUGAAGAGGCUGACUGCAUUCUCAUUGUCGGCAGCAACCCCCGCCACGAGGCCGCUGUCCUCAACGCCCGUAUCCGCAAGCAGUGGCUCCGCUCUGACCUCGAGGUUGGUGUUGUUGGCGAGUCCUUCGACUCUACCUUUGAGUUUGAGCACCUCGGUGCCGACCACGCUGCCCUGAAGAAGGCCCUUGCUGGCCCCUUCGGCAAGAAGCUUCAGGCUGCUAAGCGCCCCAUGAUCGUUGUUGGUUCUGGUGUCACAGACCACUCCGAUGCCAAGGCCUUCUACGAGACUGUCGGUGCUUUCGUCGAGAAGAACGCUGCCAACUUCAGAACCGCUGAGUGGGACGGCUACAACGUUCUUCAGCGUGAGGCUUCCCGCGCUGGUGCCUUCGAGAUUGGCUUCAGCACCCCCUCCCCCGCCGUUGCUGAGACCAAGCCCAAGUUCGUCUGGCUCCUCGGUGCCGACGAGUUCAACGAGGCCGACAUCCCCAAGGACGCCUUUGUUGUCUACCAGGGCCACCACGGUGACCGCGGUGCCCAAAUCGCCGAUAUUGUUCUCCCUGGUGCUGCCUACACCGAGAAGGCUGGUACCUACAUCAACACCGAAGGCCGUGUACAGAUGACCAGAGCCGCCACCUCCCUGCCCGGUGCUGCCCGUACUGACUGGAAGAUUCUCCGUGCAGCCUCCGAGUUCCUCGGCGCCCCUCUCGCUUACGAUGAUGUCGCCGUUGUCCGCGACCGCAUGGUCGAGAUCUCCCCCGCCCUCGCCUCCUACGAUGUUGUCGAGCCCGUUGCCAUGAAGGAGCUCAGCAAGGUCCAGCUUGUUGACCAGAACAAGGGAGCCAAGACCACCGGCGAGCCCCUCAAGAAGGUCAUCAAGGACUUCUACUUCACAGACGCCAUCUCCAGAAGCUCGCCAACCAUGGCCCGCUGCUCUGCCGCCAAGGCUUCCGGCGACCCCCGCACAAACUUCAUGGCCCCCGGUAUCGAGGAGGAGAGACCCAUGGGACAGGUUGCGUACGGCUCGUAG